CAGGCUGGGUGGGGGGGAGCGUGCCGUCGGCGUUCCUGCCUGGCGAGCUGCCUUAUCCGGGUUCCCCGUCGCUUCUCUCAUGGCGGUCGGUGUCCUGCGGGGCUUCGGCUGCAGCAGCUGCGGCUAGAGGAAGGGGGAGCGGGAGGGAGGAGGAAAGGGAGCAGGCAGGUCGUUAGCCGUGGCGGGGGCCGGAGCAGCCACGGCGUCGGGCGGCGUCGGCGAUGAGUUGGUUCAACGCCUCUCAGCUCUCGACCUUCGCCAAGCAGGCUCUGUCUCAGGCGCAGAAGUCCAUCGACCGGGUGCUGGACAUCCAGGCCGAGGAGGAGGAGGAGGAAGGCGGCGAAGCGGCCCAGGGCGGAAGCGCCCCGUCCCGACCGCGAGAGGCGGGAACAACUUCUCUUACGAGUGGAGGAUGGGAUACUUCUACCUGGGGAGCUAAUGCAGAUACAGAAUCUCAAAGUCAGCCAAUAUCAUCUCCUACAGCCAUCACCAAGCCUGUUAGGAGGACUGUGGUAGAUGAAUCAGAAAACUUCUUCAGUGCCUUUCUCCCAUUAACGGAUGUUCAGAGCAUACAGCAAAGUCCAGUGGUGUCUAAGCCACCCACCAAAUCGCAGCGACCCAAAGAAGAAGUAAAAAGCACACUAGAAGAAUCUCUGCAUGCUGACCUGCCAGAAACAGAAGGAAAAGAUUUCUCUGUAAUUUCACCUGUGGAACUGGAAAACUUCAGUAGUUCCCAGGAGAAGUUAGAAGAAGGUAAUUCAGUACUUGAUAUUGAUGGCAAGCAUAAUGAAGAUGAGCGUGAGGAAAACAACACUAAAGGCGCUGAUCAAGAAGCAUCUGCUCAGAAUCUCAAGGUAGCAGAAGCCACUGCUAUUGUGAAAGCAAGUUCAGGAAGUGAAGAACCUGGUCAUAUGCCUGACAUCUCCACACAACCUCUGCCUGCAGAGACAAAGAGUAUAGGUUUGGAAACUAAAGAGCGAAAAAGUGAGGAUCGGCAAAGCAAUACACCUUCACCUCCAAUUAGCACGUUCUCCUCAGGGACCUCGACAACUAGUGAUAUUGAAGUUUUGGACCACGAAAGUGUGAUAAGUGAAAGUUCUGUAAGCUCAAGGCAAGAGGCUGCUGAUUCGAAAGCUAGUCUUCACCUGAUGCAAACGUCUUUUCAGCUUUUAUCAGCAUCUGCUUGCACAGAAUAUAAUCGCCUUGAUGACUUUCAAAAAUUGACUGAGAGUUGCUGCUCCUCUGAUGCUUUUGAAAGGAUAGACUCAUUCAGCAUGCAGUCUUUAGACAGUCGGAGUGUGAGUGAAAUAAAUUCAGACGAUGAAUUGUCGGGUAGGGGAUGUGUUUCGGCAUCUGUAACCCUCAGCCCUUCAACACUAAAAUCUGAAGAGCCUGAACCUAUAAAAAGCAAGUCUGACCAAAUCUUAAGUGAAAUUAUUGCACUACCCACAGAAGAAACAGAAAUGGAGGAAAGUGGGCGAAGUGCGACCCCUGUUAACUCAGAGCAGCCAGACGUCUUGGCUGUUUCUGUGCAAACUGAUGGACAGACUCAGAAAGAGGAGGUGGCAGUACAUUGGCCCAGUGCUGAAAAGCUGUCAAGUGUAGAGUGUGAAAAAGAAGAGCUUUGCAAGAUUAUUGAUUCACUGACGGAAAAACUGGAAAUGAGGGAAACUCGCCUGUUAAGUGUUAGUAAAGAGAAGGCACGCCUAGAAGAAGCUUGUGAUAAUCUUAAUGAUGAAAUCAUCAAGAUGAAAGAAGAGAACAGUAGCAUUUCAUCUCUUAAAGAGGAGUUUGCUCAGCGAAUAGCAGAUGCAGAGAAAAAGGUUCAGCUAGCAUGCAAAGAGAGAGAUACAGCAAAAAAGGAAGUAAAGAUUCUCAAAGAAGAUCUAGCAACUAGAUUGAACAGUAAUGAAACCGCUGAAAUACUAAAGGAGAAAGAUGAACAAAUUAAAGGAUUAAUGGAGGAAGGAGAAAAGCUUUCAAAACAACAGUUGCAAAAUUCUAACAUCAUUAAGAAGCUAAGGGCAAAGGAAAAGGAAAGAGAAAAAACAAAUACAAAGCAAAAUAAAAAGAUUACGGAAUUAGAAGAAGAGUUACAGCAUUUGAAACAGGUGUUGGAUGGCAAAGAAGAAGUUGAAAAGCAGCACAGGGAGAGCAUCAAGCAGCUAAGCAGUGUGGUUGAACGGCAAGAGAAGGAUAUUACCAGACUCCAGACGGAUCUUGAGGAUCUUGAAGAGAAGAACCGAAGUGUGCAGGCAGCUCUUGAUAGUGCAUACAAGGAACUUGCAGAUCUUCAUAGAGCCAAUGCUGCGAAAGACUGUGAGGCUCAAGAAGCAGCAUUAAGCCAUGAACUGAAAGUGAAGGAGCAGCUGGGCUUAGCGCUAGAGAAGGCCCAAGAGGAGGCUCGCCAGCAACAAGAGGCUUUAGCAAUUCAGGUGACAGACUUGAGAGUGGCCCUGCAACGUGCAGAACAACAAACGGGUAGAAAGGAGGAUUAUUUGCGCCAGGAAAUUAGUGAACUUCAGCAGAGACUUCAGGAAGCAGAGACUCGCAACCAGGAGCUGAGUCAAAGUGUUACAUCUGCUACAAGGCCCCUGCUCCGACAGAUAGAAAACCUGCAAGCAACCUUGGGAGCACAGACCUUGUCAUGGGAGAAGUUAGAGAAGAAUCUCUCUGAUAGGCUUGGGGAAUCUCAGACUGCCUUGGCAGCACAGGCUGAAAGAGAACGCGCUGCUACAGAGGAACUUCUUGCCAAUAAAAUCCAGCUUUCUUCCACCGAGUCCCAAAAUAGCCUCCUAAGGCAAGAAAAUACCCGCCUUCAAGCACAGCUCGAGACAGAGAAAGCCAGGCUUAAGAAACUAGAAAAUGAAAACAAUCGGUAUGAAGUUGAGCUGGAAAACCUUAAAGAAGAGUAUGUGAAAACUGUUGGAGAGGCAAAGAAAGAAAAGACGCUGUUAGCUACUCAGCUGGAAAUGGAGAAAAUGAAAGUUGAGCAGGAAAAGAAGAAAGCCAUUUUUGUACAAGAAACUGCAAGAGAAAAGGAGCGUAAAUUAUACACUUCAUCAACAAUGGAAACUGUCUCAAGCACUCCAACUCUGUCACGCUCAAGCUCAAUAAGUGGGGUUGAUAUGGCAGGGCUCCAGGCAUCCUUUGUAUCCCAGGAUGACCAACAUGAUCAUUCCUUUGGUUCAGCGUCUACAAGUGGGAACAAUCUAUACGAUGCAAUGAGAAUGGGAGCAGGCUCAAGCAUUAUUGAAAACCUGCAGUCACAAUUAAAAUUGCGAGAGGGCGAGAUUUCUCACCUACAGCUGGAAAUCGGAAAUCUUGAAAGAACUCGGUCGGUAAUGGCAGAAGAGCUGGUAAAGCUGACAAAUCAAAAUGAUGACUUAGAAGAAAAAGUAAAGGAGAUUCCCAAGCUACGUGCACAGCUAAGGGAUUUGGAUCAGAGGUACAAUACCAUUCUCCAGAUGUAUGGUGAGAAAGCAGAGGAAGCAGAAGAACUGAGGUUGGACCUUGAAGAUGUGAAAAAUAUGUACAAGACUCAGAUUGAUGAACUUCUAAAACAAAGGCAUAGUUAAUUAUUGCUGAUGUUGCAGCUUGCAAACGACGUUGCAUUAAACUGUAGAAAUGUUUAUGUAAAUGCAGAUGAGUUGUAAAGAAUUUGUACUAUAGGAUGAUUAUACUGUAGAGGGUUCGUACGUUGGCAAGAAUGUUAUGCUUUUGUGAUGGCCAACUGUCAGCAAUUAAAUUAUUUGUUAAUAUUUAAAUUUUUAUAUCCAUAGCUGAAUGUUAAUUAAAAGGCAGACCAUCUUGUUGUCAAUAUAGUAAGUUGCAAAUUAGUUUGCAUAAUGUUGAUCAUUCAGCAGCAGGAGCUUUUUAAUUGCAGUUGCCUCAUGGGGAUGUAGCUGAAUAAUUUCACUGACAGUUUUUCAUGGAUAUCCUAAUGCUGAUUCAUUUCUAUCAAAAUUAAUAUUUGGCGGAAAAAAUAUAUUGAUUUUUAAAAUAUAAAUACCGAUAGCAAAUAAUUGCUACCUGAAACCCUGAAACACAAGGCUUAGAAUGCCUUUUAAGACUUUUUUUAAAACAACAAAAACCACCAAUUAAUAUUUGGAUUUAUACUGUAGUGUCCUAACCACAAAGCCAGAUAACUGCCUUUGCAGCCAACAAUACAGGGUGACAUUUAAAGUCUCAAAAUCGGUAUUGUAUGGUAAUAGCAACCAAGCUCUCUCCUAUACAAUAGAUAACAAUUAUACUGUUUCUUAAAUGUUUGGCUGCAUUCCAAAGCAUAAUCCACUGCCACAUAGAAGUGGGCUGCCUAGCAGCUUUAAUGGCUUUUAACUGUAGCAAAAGAAAAGAAGCAACAUUUGCCUAAAAAUCAGUAGUACUCUGGGGGAUGAAAAGGAGCAGGGUGUUUAAAAGUUUACAUGUUGAAAUGGUUGCACCUCUUCCUGUCAUAGCCUAAUUCUCACCAUGUGUGUGAGUGCACUUUAUUUUCAAAAGUGAAUAAACUUGUUCCAGAUGUUUCAAAUGAACUCCAGUAGUUUAGAAACUAUCUUUAGAAGGUGUUUGACAGAACAUAAAAAAAAGGAAUAGCAUCUUGAGUUGCCUUCCCAACUAUUUAGCCUAAGCGAGACAGAAAACUCCCUGGUAUCGUCCACAUUCAUAGGAGGACCUUUGCAUUAUUGUGCUUUCUUAAAGUCAUACUUUGUAUGACAGCUAUAAAGGGCCAUUUCUGUUAAACUGACCUUAAGCUGUUUAAAUGUUUAGGAAAAAAUGUGGCAUUGCUGCAUUUAUUUAGGAUUUAAAAAGGUUUCCUCACAGGAAUUGAAAUUUUCAUAGCUGAAUUUACAUGAAAUUUUUAGUCGGAUAAAUAGAUAAAAUUUAUGCAUCCUGUCAUGUUGGUAUACAAGACAUAUUUUCCUGAACUAAUUAUCUACAGAGCUUUCAUCAAGCAUAAGGUGCGUGGAAAUUCUAAGAUUUUAUUCGAUACUUUGACAUUGUAUCAACCACUUACCCUUAAUUGCUUACCUUUGGUCCAUGUCUAUUUGGAAAUCAUGUGCUGUAACCUCCUGAGAUCAUACCACCAUGUAAUAGGAAGUGGGAGUCUUAUACUGUUGGUCUGCCUGAGGAAAGCUAGUGUGUCAGGGAGAGAGCUACUACUGUAGGCUUUUCCCUGACAUAUUAGGAUUCUUCCUGAUCCACUAAUUUUCCGUGUGCAGGAUUUCUUUUACUGUUACUUGGCGGAACAUUUAAUGAAGCAGUUCCUCACCUAUAUUCUGAACUGCUACAUUAUCAGGAGGAUUGUAUCACUUUAAUCUAAUGAUGGAUAUUUAAAGCAUGCAAUAAUCUUCCUGAUAAGAGACUAAACUACAGUCUAGUGGGAGAAUUCUUUGAUUCAAAAAGAGGUUUGCAUAAUAGUUGAUACUUACACAAAACAAGCAAAUGAUGGCUGCUGACAGCAGAACUUACCAAGUGUUGUUUUCCAAGAAGGCACUGCAUAUUAGUACUUAAAGCCAAUGCAAAAUACAAAUUGGAAUGCUCCUGAAAACUCAGUUUAAGACCUGAGAAACUUAAGUGCAUGCUACUUUCAUAAUUUAUAUUUGGAAUAAAUUAUCUCUGCAUUUGAACUGGAGAAUACAACCCCUGACUAGAACUUAGGUGUUUGCACUGGGACCUUGCACCCAAAAUUUUGCAUCUUUUAGACCCCUUACCGACAUGCUGCCUCUUCAUGUUUAAUACAAGUAUUGGUUAUGUAGCCCAUGUUCCACCAUAAAACCUACAGACUUCCUUGUUCCUUUGCAGCCAUUUAUCAAUUUACCAAUUGAUGACAAUUGGAAAGUGGGGAAAAAAUACUUUUUGCAAGUGAGGUCUGUGAAAUUUAGGCUCUCAAACUCUUGAAACUCAUAUGCAGUUUUCAAAAGCACCCAGACACUGGACAUUUGUUUGCUCAGGACUUCUGGAAGCGCACCAGUAUAUUCUCCCUCCCUAAUCUGCCGACGUGCAAAAACUCUCUAAGCAGACGUGUGUGACUGUAUUCAUGUAAGUGAGAGCACUAGGCUUCACAAUGUUGGUGUGGAAAGCAAUACUGCAAGAGAUAAUUCCCUAGUGGACUGCAGAAGGAGACUUUGGUUUCUCAAUGCAUUGCUAGGCCCUCUUAAUACUUUUUGGGAGUAAGUUAAGAUCUCUAGUUAAUAAUUGGAAGAACGGUGCCGAAAUCUUAAUUUCAGUUGUGUUAAUAUGGUUUGCCCUCUUAAGAAUUGUUACAUUUUUAUAAAGGGCUGUAAAGUAGUUUAAAUAAAGUAUGUAGAUGAAUAAUGUCACGGGAGUUAAGCUGUUAAUGUAAUGUAAAUAAUUUAAAUAUGUUUGACUCUUGGCCUGAGUAAAGUAUUUGAGUUACCAGUG